AAGAAAAUGAAAAACAAGAAAUAUUAAAGUUUUGGGAUAAGUUAAAAGAUUAUAUACUUCAUAAUAAUCUUUGUGGAGAACAGAAUCAGACUAAAUCAGCUCAGUAUAAAGACAAAAUAUUCGAUAUAUUGCAAAAUGAAAAAGCUCGCUUACCAUUAAGUGAUGAGGAAUUACGUAAGAUGCAAAUUGAAAUUGAGGACGAAACAAUGGUAUUCAAUGAGAAAAAUGUUUAUAAGAGUACUCCCAACAUAAUAAGAAUGUUAAUCAGGAAAAAUGAGGAAUGUGCUAAGGAUUAUCUCAGGGGAAGGCUACUCGAUAAGGCUGAUAUGGAAUUGCUUUCAGAGUUCGGUCAAUAUACGAUUGAGGCUUUAAUAGUUCAUGUACUAAGUAUGGUUUUUAACAGUCUUGAAAAUAACUCAAUAAUUCGUGUUGCUUCUUUGGUUGAACAACUUGAGUCUAGUGUCCGGAAACAAGCAGCAUUAUUGAAAAGUAGUAGGUGUAAAAAAAACAUCUCUAUGGCCACAGAUAAAGUUUAUCAAGUGAAGAAGGAGAGGAAAAGCUCAAAAUUGGUGAUGAUGUAUCCCUUCGGUUCCAGCUUAGUUCAAUUCAUGGAGGAAAGGGAAUUGAUCACAUUAAUGAGUGAUAUGAACGGGACAAUACCAGUGAAGAAGAGUAAAGGAUCUUAUUAUCUUCCAAGUUAUCUCUACGCAGUCUGUAACUUUGAUAUCUCAUUACUACCGAUCAAGCUCAACCUGCCUAUGGUAUGCAAACCUCUUGAUUGGAGGAAUGUCGGCAUGUCGGCCCCUAGAUACCUGUCCGAUCUAUCAGGGGGUUACUUAAGUGAACCAACAGGAGAAAUAUAUGAUCGUUACCGCCUGUUAAGUACCGGUGACAUUAAUCAUUUUUAUAUUGAUUUAGGAAAAGAUCAAAAUUACAUGUAUCUGUGUGAUGUUAUGAACAAGCUGCAGGGUCAGGCCUUUAAAAUCAACAGUUAUUGGUUGAAUUAUAUUCUAGAGAAUGAGAACCAUUUAGUUAAAUUAGGUUUACUCAUGCCAAGAUUUCUAGCCUCUAUGAAUAUAAAAGAAGUCAACAUCUUACUUAGAGAAUUUUACAUGAAGGAUGAGGUUAUUAACAAAUUAUGUACCUUUAACGAAUUGUUACAUACUUUAUGUAAGAACAUACAGCGUUCUCGUUAUGAGAACUUGGUUAUCAAGCUGGCAAAAGCCUACGAUGGCUAUAAUUUCUAUUUGCCAGCCUUUCUCGACUUCCGAGGUCGAAUCUACCGCAGUGGGGUCUUGCAUUUCCACGAGCGUGAUCUAGCAAGAAGCCUGAUUCUCUUUGCGGAUUGCAAACCAAUUGAAAAUUUUGAAAUUAACAAAUUUGUCGCAGCAACAGCCUACCAUUACAAGUCUUUCCCCUCUGUCGAUGAGGCAAUAAAGUGGUUAAAUAAAAACAUACAUGAGGGCAAUGAUCUUUUCGUGUAUGCUCAGGAGGCUAAACGCCCAUUUCAGUUCCUCUCCAAUAUAAUUUGCAUUCCAAAUUUGAACGUUAUUACGAGCAUCCCUAUUACCCAAGACGCCUCAGCGAGUGCAUAUCAGAUCAUGAGUUACUUUUUGUUGGAUGAAACCAUAGCAAAUAGAACGAAUCUCAUCCCAUCUUCGGAUGGAAAAAUCAAAGAUGUUUAUUCUUUCAUCCUCGAAGAGCUCAAGGAGUUCAUGAAAGGAGAACUGGAGAAUAAUCUAUCAACGAUAGUUUGCAAUCACCUCACUCGUAAGCUAGUCAAAGGUAUCUUUAUGCCAAUUAUCUAUGGCAAAACUUUAAUGAGCACGGCCAGCGAUCUAAAAGACCAUCUCUCUCACUUCCUCACUCAUAAGGAAUGCUUCAAUGUAGCCUCUGUCUGCUUUAAGUUCUGGAGGACAAAAUAUCAGGGCAUGGAAUGCCUGAUCCGGUUGAUCCGCCAUAUAGGCUGGAUCGCGUCAGCUAGGGAUUGCCCUGUUUUCUAUAAAAUGCCUUACUUAACCACGGUACAGGAUUAUAUGAUAAUGGAGGCCAUAAAUAUAUGGGUUUAUGAUAGACUUCAUAAGAAAAGGCGUCGGGUUACUCUCAGAGUAUCUUCUUCUAAGAGAGAUCGUAGGAAGACUGAAAUCUCUACCUUCGUAAACUUCAUCCAUCAGAAGGAUGCCUAUAUUGCAAUGAGAGUAGUAGAAAAUAUGCUGCUUUAUAUAGGAGCGCCUAUAUACACAGUACACGACAACUUUAUAACAACUGCUCAAUAUAGCAAUAGUUUACCAACGGUUUAUAGCAACGUCAUUCGUAACAUGGGCCCUCCACUUUCAAUCAUCAACAAGUUCAUCUAUAUGAAUGUUAUUAAACCCAUUGUAAAAAGGGAGUCAAAUGGACCAACUGAGGGUAACUUAGCCAGUAUGGUAAUCCCCAAAGAGAUGCUUCAUUAUUACUUAAAGGCUAAUAUACCAGAGAAGCUAAGCAAGAAGAUGCUGGCAACUUGGGAAGAAAGGAUCUCGGGAAUACUGACCUCUUACGAGAACUAUACUCGUAAUGUAUGCGGCGAUUUCAAAUCCCCUAAUCCUAAGAAUUGUUGGAAAGCUCAUGAGAAAAAGUGGGAUGAAUUCAAGACAAAGCUUGAAGUUGAGGGGAAAACCCCAUAUUACUGCAUUGAACGAACAACACACCAAGAUCCGCAUCCUGGGUUAAUCAUUGCUUCACAUCACUUCUUCGAGCCUUACCCUCUUGUUAACGAGAUUGACCUACUCUGUCUUGCGACCAUGGAUCUCUUAAUCCAGUUUGCUUACCCAUCCUUAUCUGGUUACGGUAAGUUCACAAUUUCCUUUACCAUGAAGCGAUCUUACGGAGAGGAGAUCACAUUUACGCUUGGUCCUGCUAUCCCCUUGACUUAUCAAGAUUGUAAGUUAAUUCCAAUGAGUGAGGUCAAUGCUCAUAUAUCUCGAUAUAUUAUGAAAUAUGCUGAAAUCUACGACGGAGAUUAUAUAGUUCGACUCAUGAUCCGAGUCUAUAUGGACGGCAAAAAGAUGGAUAGGCCAGCCCUAUCUUCAGAGGAGAGAGAUAGCUCACUUUCUUCAAUCAUUCAAGCCAGAUUGAGUGAGAUCGAGCCAAUAACAGCAAGAGAGAUCCGAAAUCGUAAGCGUAGCCAUCCAACCCAUAUCACUGCACUAAAACCAUGUUGCACUGAGCUGAAACCAUUCAUGGUAGCCGAUACCGAGACUAUACUGAUCGAUAACGUUCAUAAGCCUUAUGCUGCUGGUCUCUUGAUGGUUCGUCCCGGUGAACAGAUCUAUGAUAUUAUGAUUGAUACCUACUUCAGUGAAGACUACUCUAUAAUCUUGGAUUCCUUUGAAGAAAGGAGUACUAAGGUACUUUAUGACUUGGUAUUUAGGAUAUCAACGAUUGUUAGACAAGAACAAUCAACUUUAACUAUUUACUUCCACAACUUCUCUAGAUUCGAUGGAAUUCUCUUGCUUAAGCACCUAGCAUGUCAUCACAAGAGCUACAAGCUAAAACCACUGAUGAGGAACAAUAGGCUUUACGAGUUAGCUGUCUAUUCAGGUAAGAAGAUGUUAUUCCGCUUCAGGGACUCCUUGAAUCUACUCCCUGGCAAACUUAGCGCCCUAGCUAAGAAUCUAUGCCCCGGCCUAGGCCCGAAAGGCUCUAUCCCAUAUGAAGAGGUGACACUGUCAAAUCUGGCUAGUAUGAAAAAAAGCUUGUUAGACUAUAUGAAGCAGGACAUCCUUCUCCUUGGAGGUGUAAUGCAAAAAGCUCAAGAGAUAUAUUGGAAGCUGUACAAGGUGGACAUAGAAAGCAAGAUAACCAUUUCCUCACUGGCUCUAAGCAUCUUUCGUAUGAAAUACUACGAUGCUUCUAAUUGGCCAAUCCACAUCCCAAACAAGAAUGAAGACUGCUUUAUAAGGCGUGCCUACUACGGUGGUCAUACAGAUACAUACAAGCCAUAUGGCGAGGACCUAUACUACUACGAUGUGAACUCUCUCUAUCCCUUUGUAAUGAAGGAAUAUCCAAUGCCAGGUGGUGUGCCAGUCUGGUAUGGAAAUCUGGAAGGCAAGGACUUAGAUAGCAUGUUUGGCUUUAUUGAGGCAUAUGUGGUAUGUCCGAAGACUAUCAAGAGGCCCUUUCUACCCUAUCGAGACAAGAAUAACACUCUCAUCUUUCCAACCGGGGAAUUUGUUGGAGUGUACUAUAGCGAGGAGUUAAAGUAUGCAAGAGGCCUAGGCUACACUGUGCUCCCAAUCUCAGGCUACCUCUUUGAGAGGAUGGAAAGCCCAUUCAGGGACUUUGUUAGCUCACUCUUUGAGAGCAGAUUUGGCAUUAACCCUAAAAGCACGAUAACCGAGGUCUGCGAUGAAGAUCGAUACAAACAUUUGAUCAGGCAUAGUGAGUUGAUAUUCGGUGAUAUGCUUAGCGAGAACAACUACAUAGUUGCCUACCAUAGCAAUACCGAGACGGGAUCUGAUUAUUGGAACCCACCGAAGAACUCAGCAGUCCAACUAGCUGCUGCGAUCACAGCCUCAGCUAGGAUCUAUAUGUACCCUUAUAUCUCAAGAGAGGACUGCUACUACACGGACACAGACUCUGUUGUGCUUGGUCAGCCACUACCUAAAGAAGUGAUUUCUUCUUCUGUCUUAGGUAAGUUUAAGCUAGAGGACAGAGUCAUGAAAGGAUACUUUUUAGCACCGAAAUGCUAUUUCUACAUCGCAAUAGAUAGCACCAAUGUACUCAAGUACAAGGGACCAGCGAAAAGCCAGGUCUAUCCAGAAUGGUUUGAGUCACAGUUCGCGGACCCAUCUCGUACAGAACUGGUACCGGUGGUUGCCAACUUCCGGAUUGAUUGGCACACUCUUAACAUCAUCAAGAAAGACACAUUGGUCAGGCUUGGGAUUAAGCAGGGGACCAAGAGGAUACCAGUAUAUCACAGAGAUGUCUGGGUGGAUACUGAUCCAAUUGAUAUCAAAGACUUGUCUAGCCUAGAUCACAUUGGAAAACAAAUAAUCAAAUCACUAAGGAAUGAUGUAAUACAUCUACAGACUGAAAAUAACAUUCUCAAUGAGAAAUUAUCUCAGAAGGAAAGAGAGAUAGCCGAGAGAUACAAAGAGAUUCAAUCACAGUUUGAUGCUAAGAAGAAUACAGAUAAAAGGAUGCACACUCAAUCCACUACAGAGAUACAGACUAGUCUUACUGAAGACAGAACGCUAUUAGAUAAAAAAGAAGAAGAACCAACAGAGGUUACUAACCCAACAUUAGACGAGAAAACUAAGACAGACGAGAAGAUACCUAAUACAGACGAGGAGAAACCUACUAGAAAGACAUGUUCGCCCGCUCUAAAGGCUAAGCUUGAUAGACCUAUUUGCCUAAAGAAAAGUGGCAUCAUUGAAAUCGUAGUCUCUGCGCGAAAAAGGGGAGGUGCUUUUUGCUUCUUCCUUUUCUCUUGGGUUGGUAAAAGCGGAAUCCGCCGGUUCAGGUUUAAAUCCUUCCGUGCCGUGCCUUCCUUGGCAGUAGACAAGACUUCAUCUGCUUUAGUGGCAGCUGCGUCAGUUUCGGCUUCUGAUUUGGAUUUAGAUGUGGGUCGGGAUAUUGAUACAUCGUCGGAGUUCGCUUGUGAAACAGCUUCUACUGAAGCUUAUGCGUCUGUUGAUGCCGAUUCAUUUUAUCUAGGACCUCCUGCUUUAGCUGCGACUUCAGAGUCUUUUGGUUCGGAAGAAACCGGAGCUCCUAGCUCGGGAUAAACGGGAACUGACGGCUAAUCAUAUGCCGGUGAAUCAGAACUAGCGCUUAAGGCAACAGGGAGACUAGCUUGAAAGCCACACUUGCUCCUUUCUUUUCGACUUGGUGCUUUCAGUCCAAUGUCAAACCUGAAAACAGCCUUGUUGUAAAAAAGAAAUUCCUCCUUGUGCC